UGAUUGCCGCAAGUGUCAAUCCCUGUCAAUAAUGCCAGUUUGACUGAACAGCGAGAAACCUCAAAGGAGCCACAGUGACACGAGGCAGCAUUGCAAGUCGGUCAUUCCCAUUACACGCUAAUUCCUUCUGGGACCUGCAAGACAUUGGGAAAUUGAAGGAUUCUGGCAGCUUGCGCAUUACCACAUCGGAGAGGCACUCCUCUCCUGAAGUCUUUUAUCUUAGUUUGCUUUCAUGUCUCUCAAACUACCAGCCGAAAUUAUCGAUGUCGACGCUCUCCUAUCAGAUGAGGACGAACCAGCUGAUGCGAUUCAGUUCGUAGGGUACGGCCCGGGGGGAAACUCACAAUACACGAACACCACGGGUCGGAUGACAACUAUCAAGAAUGAACCAGUCGCUUCCUCGUCCCGCUUGCCUCCGCCUCCAGGACCCAAUUUGCAAUUCAAAGACAGUCACACAUUAUUCACCUACGCGCGUCCAGGGCUCUUUGAAGUUGUUGAAGAAGAAAAGAGGAAAAGAAUGGCGAUGGAACGCGUCGGAGAACCACCUUUGAAGAAACGUGCAACAAGUUCCACCAUCGCAAAUGCAAAUGCGCCCAGUCGACAAAAGGAAAAACGCAAGCAGCCGUUUGGGUGGAAGGGGCCGGAAAUCAUAGAUUUGUUGAUUUGUAGCAGCGACGAUGACAUCCUUGUAAAGAAACCUAGACUCGAAUCCGAUGAAAACCACUUGUUUUCCGACCGCAUGACUGAUAUCUACGCGAAUGAUGAUAGCAAUCAAACGGACUGCAGUAACGAUAUGCAUGACCCGAACGAUUUCCUCCCUCGGACAAAUGCACUGCCGUCUCUAUCUCGACCACUAUCAUCUGAAGACUCUGGAUAUGAUUCUGAAGAGGAGUACGCGAAUUAUAUGGCUUCUCUCGACAUUUCGGACGAGUCCAAAUGGAAUCCGAUGCCCUUAAGCAACAAGGCCGAAGAUCUUUCGCCCAAUUUGAAGCUUGAGGUUGACCCGGCACGUCCACGACCUGGGGAACUGCGGCCGUUACGUCCGAAGUACUUCGCCGUACACUAUCCAGUUACCCCCUUAGAUCCAAUAUACAAGGAGCAAUUUUUUUGGGGAAAACUAAAUUCAGUGCCAGUUUCCGACCGCGCGCACUAAAACCACCUGCCCGACUUCGCUUCGCUAGGCAUUUACCGGGACGCACGCGCCCUCUCAAACUAUUUCAAGAUCUUGCUUACGAGAAGUUGGGUGUUGUGCAAUCGCAUCGUCAGGCAGCAUCAGGGUCUAUAAAUAAGAUUGUUCAAGUUCCAGGAGCUAUUGUAGCGUGUGCGGCAGCAUCGGGUGGGCAUCCUG